AUGAGCCAGCUAGGUGUUCUCAUGAUCAUAGUUCUUUGCUUGUUCUUUCAUGGAAAUGCCCAAGUCAAUUCAAACUCUGACCCCAACAAUGUCCUCCAUCCUCUCCAACCAAAUCUUGCGGUAGUUAUUGGGGUCAUCUCUGUAGUGUUAUCUUCAUUACUUUUAGCACUUGCUUUUGUAAAAUUUUGCCCAAGAAAUCCACCCCACCACCAACCUCAAAAUUUCCAAGAACUUGUUCGAUCAUCGUCUAGAUCUUCCGGAAUUGAUAGAGCGUUGAUAGAGUCACUUCCUUUUUUCAGAUUUGCUUCGCUAAAGGGUGCGAAAGAAGGCCUUGAGUGUGCAGUUUGCAUAUCAAGAUUUGAAGACAGUGAAAUUCUUAGAUUAUUGCCUAAGUGCCGGCAUGCAUUUCAUGUCAAAUGCAUUGACCAGUGGCUAGAAGGCCACUCUAGCUGUCCUCUCUGCAGGUACAAGUUUGACAUGAGAGACCUGAGGAGUUUGUCUUACUCAAACAGUUUGAGACUCCAGGGAAACCCUUUAAAUCUAACAGACGAUCCGAAUGUUGAAAUUUUUGUGCAAAGAGAGCAAGACAGUCAAGCCUCAUCUAGGUUCAACUUCGGAAACAGCUUUAGAAAUAGUACUGACAAAGGUGAGAAAGAAGAAGAGUUGCUUAUUCAAGAGGGCAAUAGGAAUCACCAAAAUCUCUUGCAUAAGUUCAAUCAUAAGAUCAUUGUCUCUGAUGUUGUUAUCAAGAACCGAUGGAGUGAUGUUAAUGCUUCCGACUUGUUGUUCUUGAACUCUGAGAUGCUUCGUGCUGUGUCAACCAAUAGAAUCUCUUGUUCCAAUUCAACAAGUGGAAAUGAAAAUAGGUUAAAGAUUAGGGAGGAUGUAGAGAUUAAGAGAUUAUAUGAGUCCGAGUUCGGUGGAGCUGAAAGAAACCAUUCAGUUUCAUCUUCAAGCUUUCGUUCUACUUUGUAUAAUGAGGCAAAUUCAUCAGGAGUAUUGAAUGCCACAGGGAAGAGAUCAAUGUCUGAGAUCAUCAACUUUGCAAGGUUCAGGGAUUUCAGUUUAAGACACAAAUUUAGAGAAGCUUCACCUGGUGGCAGUAGUGGGAGAAAAGAGGAGAGAAUAAGAAGACUUUGGUUGCCAAUAGUGCAGAGAACAGUUCAAUGGUUUGCAGGUCGAGAAAGAAACUUACAGGAACUGGAGGAAAAAAGCCAUUCCUUAAACGUCUGA